GCUGUCUGACAGAAACUUGUCAUUCGGUUUCCAGCGCGCCCUAGGGAGGCGUUUCUGUCCGCCUAUAACAGCGAGUGCGGUGUUGAGGAGCGGACACUCUCACCGUCGCUUCUGCGCGAACACCAGAUCACCGACUCGGGAUCAGAAUCACAGGGUUUCUCGGAACCAUCCGAGUCCCACCAGCAGUGAAAAAGCCCCAAACCGACCAACACCGCAAUCAACGCUGCCGUGGACUGUUCCACGCGUCACAGUGAAGGCCAGAAUGAGCGCCAACAUGAAUGAACUGACCGACCUGCUGGACCUGCUGUCGGGGGAGAACUUCUCCUUCAUGGAUGACAACGGGUCCCAUGUGGAGACAGUGGUGUGUCAGAGCGCCUUCAACCAGCGUGCGCUCCUGUACACGCUCUCCAUCCUCUACAUCUUCAUCUUUGUCAUUGGCCUGGCCGCCAACGCCCUGGUGGUGUGGGUGAACGUGCGCGGCAGCCGCGAACGCCACGAAACGCACCUGUACGUCCUCAACCUGGCCAUCGCCGACCUGUGCGUGGUGGCCACGCUGCCCGUCUCCGUGAGCUCGCUGCUCCAGCACGGCCACUGGCCCUUCGGAGAUGCCAUGUGUAAGAUCACGCACCUGGUCUUCAGUGUCAAUCUCUUCGGUAGCAUCUUCUUCCUCACCUGCAUGAGCGUGGACCGCUACCUGUCCGUGGUGCGCUUCGGCGAUGCCCACGGCGGCCAGGGUGAGCGGAGACGCACUCGUCAGCUGAUCUGCAUGGGGGUGUGGCUCCUGGCGCUGCUCGCCGCCCUUCCUGAUACCUACUUCCUGCAGGCGGUCCGGUCCACACACUCGGACGCCACCACGUGUAGGUCGGUGUACCCGGCAGAGACAACGUGGGAGUGGAUGGUUGGCGUGCAGCUCAGCUCCAUCGCGCUGGGCUUUGCGGUGCCGUUCCCUGUCAUCGUCGUGUUCUAUGUGCGGCUGGCCCGCGCCGUGCGGUCCUCGGCCGACCACGAGCGCCGUGCUGGGCGGCGCCUCGUCUUCACCUACGUCAUGGUGUUCCUGGCUUGCUGGCUGCCCUUCCAUGGCGUGCUGCUGCUGGACACGCUGGCUCUGCUGGGCGCCGUGCCAUUGGGCUGCACCCUGGAAAACGUGCUGUAUGUGGCACUACACGUCACCCAGUGCCUGUCCCUGCUGCACUGCUGCGUCAACCCCGUCAUCUACAACUUCAUUGACAAGAACUACCGCUAUGACCUGAUGAAAGCCUUCAUCUUCAAGUACUCCACCAAGACGGGGCUAGCCAGGCUCAUAGACACGUCCCGCACCUCCGAGACAGAGUGCUCGGCCAUGGUGGGCCAGGGGCAUCUGUGAGGCAAUUGACUUCAGACACCAUUGGAAACGCCACGGACCCUCUGUACUGGCUCCUGAAACGCAUAUCAGACUUUGGAGACAGAGAAGUCCCUCAAACUGUGUCUCGAGAAAACCGAAGAACUACACAGGACUCUGGAACUUUGUAUCAUAGACUAUAUACUAGACAUCCCUUUAGACAGGAUGGCGUAUGCAUUUUGUAAAUCUGAGUCACUGUAGGGAUGUCUGAUGAAAGCACUUGUUCUGAGUUUAGUGGAGGAAGAGGAAGGCAGGCUGGUCAACCGUGAGGUCAGCCAGGUGAGCUGUGGCUCUCGUGAGGAGCCCACGUCUUUGUCCAGGUGCUCCUCUCAUGCUCCUCCAGCUUUAGGCGGAAGACAGCCGCAUGUUUUAGCUCCACUGUGGCUGUGUUCGUGGCGGGGUGGGGGGGGGUGGUAAAGUGGGUAACAGGGCCAGAGCUCAGAGAACCAACUGGGGCAAAUCCAAAAUCUCCUUCACAGACGAUGUCAGAGGAUGUAAAGACAGAUGUGGACACAGAUAUACUUUUUUAUGACAAUGUAUGUUUUGUAAAUACUAAGACAUAUUUAUAUAUUCAUUAAUGUGUAUGUUCAGUGUAUUGAAAUAUUGUUUGACAAGUUAAAAUGUAUUAUCAAAAUAAAAAAUAUUCCUAUAAAUGUUA